CACAACACCAUGUCCCGACCCAUUUUUCUUCCCACGAAAAUUCUCCGAAGUUUGUGAUCACAAAGAAGAGGAAAACGUAGAGAGAGAGUGAGAUUCAAGCUUUGUGAUUUUAAUCAGUUGCCGGAAAAACAUCACACAAUUGUAACAAAAAAGAAACGAACAUGGCUCCGGCGAUGUCGAAACUUGCCGUUAAUGACCCCACUGGUUUUGAACUAAGUCAUAGAGAUCACUCAAACAUUAAGCAAGAACGUUCACCGACGGAGUUUCUUAUUGCUUGCAAGAACAAUGUGGUGGAGUUUGUGAGACAGGCGAUCCAAAAACGCCCAGAACUCGCAAGGUCCAGAGACAUCAAUGGUUACACUGGCUUGCACUUCGCUUGUGAAAAUGGGAACAUCGAGAUCGUGAAGGAGCUGGUCAUGUUUGACUCUCAUCUGUGUCUUCUGAGGGACUGGCACGGUAGAAUUCCUCUUCAAAUUGCGGCGAUCGUCGGAAAUUUAGAAGUUCUGAAACUGUUAGUCAAGGAUUGUCCAGAAUCUAUUACUUUAGAGUCUGUUACUCGGGUGACCCUUUUCCGGGAAAAUACUUUUCACUUGGCCCUGAAAAACGAUCGGUGGGAGUUCUUUAAAGUGUUGAUGACAGAGAUUGAGAAGCUCAAGUUGGACCAUGAGGACCUUCUGAACUGCAAGGACAACAAUGGCGACACAGUCCUCCAUAUUGCAUCCGAUAAGGGGCAAACUGAGAUAAUAAGUUUGUUGCUCAAGGACAACACUAAAAAAGGGCCUUUGGUGCAAGUAGACUCAAAGAACAACGUGGGCCACACAGCCUUACACCUUUAUUGUCAAACUAGUUCUUGUCUGACUAGUUCUGGAAGGUAUAUCCUCCAACUCUUCCAUGAAGCUGAAGCCCAGGAGAGAGUUCCAUUGCAAUCUCAAUCACCACCACCGAAAUCCACCACUAUGGACAGGCUGAUGCGGGCUAGGAUAUCCAUUGAAGUAGUUGCUGUGCUUGUGACUGCUUCAAUUUUCUUUGCAGGGGUUGCUUAUCAAGCUCUUCCGAGUUAUGGCAAUGUUUUCCCACUAGCUCAACAGGCUAAAAAUGAUACAAUCAGUGUUGUAGGUAUCCUCUCAGAUCCAGGUUUAAUUCCAGAUGGCUUCUACUUCAUCCUAUCCAAUACGGUGGUGUUUGUCUUGAGCAUGGUGGUGAUACUGGUGGCGAUAUGGUUACUGGACAGCCCAUGGUCAUUUAGUGUUAGAGUAGUUACGCUUUUUCUUGCAAGCACAAUUUCCUUCGCAUAUGCACUUAUGGUGAAGAGGAUUGUGCCUCACUUUUUCAUUAGUAUCAUUGGCUCUUUGAAGGUCUCAAGCUUUUUGGCUGUGUGGUUAUUUGAUCUAGCUUUCAUGAUCCUUUUAUUGGCAGUGGUGCUCUGCUCAUAG